AUGGGCAACGCGGCCGGCAGCGCCGAGCAGCCCGCGGCCCCCACUGCGUCGCUCCCCAAACAGCCCGCGACUCCCAAGCAGCCGAUGCCUGCGGCGGGCGAGCUAGAGGAGAGGUUCAACCGGGUCCUGAACUGCAUGAACUUGCCCCCAGACAAGGUGCAGCUGCUCAGUCAGUAUGACAACGAGAAGAAGUGGGAGCUCAUCUGUGACCAGGAACGGUUUCAAGUCAAAAACCCCCCUGCAGCCUACAUCCAGAAGUUGAAGAGCUACCUGGAUACUGGCGGGGCCAGCAGGAAGGUGGCAGCUGAUUGGAUACCCAACUUGGGGUUUAAGAGGCGAGUUCAGGAGUCUACACAGGUGUUGCGGGAGCUGGAGAUCUCCCUGAGGACAAACCACAUUGGGUGGGUGCAGGAGUUUCUCAGCAAGGAGAAUGGUGGCCUGGACAUGCUGCUUGAGUACCUGGCCUUUGCUCAGUGCUCUGUCACGUAUGACAUGGAGAGCACAGACAACGGGGCCCCCAACUCAGAGAAGAGCAAGCCCCUGGAGCAGUCAGUGGAGGAUCUCAGCAAGGGUGCCCCCUCAUCCUGCCCACCACAGUCCAAGAAUCGCCACCUGACCAUCAAGUUGACCCCAGCCCAUAGCAGGAAGGCUCUGCGUAAUUCCCGUGUUGUCAGCCAGAAGGACGACGUCCAUGUCUGCAUCAUGUGCUUGCGUGCCAUCAUGAACUACCAGUCUGGCUUCAGCCUUGUCAUGAACCACCCUGCUUGUGUCAACGAGAUUGCUCUGAGCCUCAACAACAAGAACCCGAGAACCAAGGCUCUGGUGCUAGAGCUGCUGGCGGCUGUGUGCCUGGUGCGGGGGGGUCAUGACAUCAUCCUUGCAGCCUUUGACAACUUCAAGGAGGUGUGUGGGGAGCAGCACCGCUUUGAGAAGCUGAUGGAAUAUUUCCGGAAUGAGGACAGCAACAUUGACUUCAUGGUGGCCUGCAUGCAAUUCAUCAACAUUGUGGUUCAUUCAGUGGAAAAUAUGAACUUUCGUGUCUUCUUGCAAUAUGAGUUCACCCACUUGGGUCUGGACCUGUAUUUGGAGAGACUGCGGCUCACCGAGAGUGACAAGCUACAGGUUCAGAUUCAGGCAUACCUGGACAAUGUUUUUGAUGUGGGCUCGCUGCUGGAGGACACAGAGACCAAGAAUGCAGUGCUGGAGCACAUGGAAGAGUUGCAGGAGCAGGUGGCCACGCUGACAGAGAGGCUUCGGGACGCGGAGAACGAAUCCAUGGCCAAGAUUGCCGAGCUGGAGAAGCAGCUAAGCCAGGCCCGCAAGGAGCUGGAGACCCUGCGGGAGCGCUACAGCGAGUCGACCUCCAUGGGCGCCUCCAGACGUCCCCCAGAGCCUGAGAAAGUGCCUCCUCCCCCUGUCUUGGCGAGGCCCUCAGCCCUGGAACUGAAGGUGGAGGAGCUGGAGGAGAAGGGGUUAAUCCGCAUCCUGCGGGGGCCGGGGGACGCAGUCUCCAUCGAGAUUCUGCCGGUCGUUGUGGCAACUCCAAUCGGUGAUGUCUUGACUUGCGCGUUGCCAACCGGUUCCCCUAGCCCAGGGUCGGAUCUCACACCUGCAACAGAAUCAGCUCCCGGAGCAGCGCCCCCACCACCACCGCCACCCCCACUUCCAGGUCCAGCUUCCCAACAGGAAGCCCCGCCUUCGGCGCCUCCAGUGGCACCGCCCCUCCCUGGCAGCCCGGACCUCCCUCCGGCUCCGCCGCUGCCGGGAGACUUGCCACCCCCACCACCGCCACCGCCGCCACCCCCCGGCACAGAUGGGCCUGUGCCGCCACCGCCGCCACCGCCGCCGCCACCGACUCUGGGAGGCUCCUCUGAUGCCCCUGGAGCACCAGACUCAGAGAUGGGUCCAGGAGUGAAGGCCAAGAAACCCAUCCAGACCAAGUUUCGAAUGCCACUCUUAAACUGGGUGGCCUUGAAACCCAGUCAGAUCACAGGCACCGUCUUCACGGAGCUCAAUGACGAGAAGGUGCUGCAGGAGCUGGAUAUGAGUGACUUUGAGGAACACUUCAAGACCAAGUCCCAAGGUCCCAGCCUGGACCUCACUGCCCUCAAGGGCAAGACAUCCCAGAAGGCCCCCACCAAAGCAACUCUCAUUGAGGCCAACCGGGCCAAGAACCUGGCUAUCACUCUGCGCAAGGGGAACUUGGGAGCUGACCGCAUCUGCCAGGCCAUUGAGACGUAUGACCUGCAGGCUCUUGGCCUGGACUUCCUGGAGCUGCUGACACGCUUCCUGCCCACCGAGUAUGAGCGUAGCCUCAUUGCCCGCUUUGAGCGGGAGCAGCGGCCCAUACAGGAACUGUCAGAUGAGGACCGUUUCAUGCUGCGUUUCAGUCGAAUCCCACGAUUGCCUGAGCGCAUGGCCACACUCACCUUCCUGGGCAACUUCCCAGACACCACCCAGAUGCUUAUGCCGCAACUGAAUGCGAUUAUUGCUGCCUCCAUGUCCAUCAAGUCCUCGGACAAACUCCGCCAGAUCCUGGAGAUUGUCCUGGCCUUUGGCAACUACAUGAACAGCAGCAAGCGUGGAGCAGCCUAUGGCUUCCGGCUCCAGAGUUUGGAUGCGUUAUUGGAGAUGAAGUCAACUGAUCGCAAGCAGACACUGCUGCACUACCUGGUAAAGGUCAUCACUGAGAAGUAUCCCCAGCUCACAGGCUUCCACAGUGAAUUGCACUUCCUGGACAAGGCCAGUGCAGUAUCCCUGGACAGCGUCCUGGGGGACGUGCGAUCCCUGCAGCGAGGUCUGGAGUUGACACAGCGGGAGUUUAUGCGGCAAGACAACUGUGCAGUGCUUAAGGAGUUCCUGAAGACCAACACACCCACCAUGGACAAACUUCUGGCAGACAGCAAGACAGCUCAGGAGGCCUACGAGUCCGUGGUGGAGUACUUCGGGGAGAAUCCCAAGACCACAUCCCCCUCCAUGUUUUUUUCCCUUUUUAGCCGCUUCAACAAGGCAUACAAGAAAGCUGAGCAGGAAGUGGAACAGUGGAAGAAAGAAGCAGCUGCCCAGGAGGCAGGCAUUGAUGCCCCCAGCAAAGGAGAGCCCUCAGUACCCAAGUCCCCGCCCAAGGCCCGUCGGCAGCAGAUGGACCUCAUCUCAGAGCUGAAACGGAAGCAGCAGAAGGAGCCACUCAUCUAUGAGAGUGACCGUGACGGGGCCAUUGAAGACAUCAUCACAGUGCUGAAGACGGUGCCCUUCACUGCCCGCACCGGCAAGCGGACGUCCCGGCUCCUCUGUGAGGCCAGCCUGGGAGAGGAGAUCCCCCUCUAG